AUGGCAAAACUGCCCCAGUCAUGUGGAGCAGCCACAGCUGUUGGUGCCCUUGGGCUGCAGGACAGAGGGGCCGGUGGCAUAAAGCCCCACGGCCAGCGGAGCUGCCGGCAGCACCGGGAGCCAGGGCUGGACACUUUCUGCCUGUUGGUGAGAAGGACGCAUCCUGCACGGAGCUGUGCAGCACAGGCAAACAUGGAGCUGGAUGUGCAAAGGGCCAAGGAGCUCAUCGAGCAGAAGCUGGCGGAGGAGGAGGAGGAGGAGAAGGUGGCGACUCCGGGGGGCCCGCCGGCCGUGGAGCGGAUGAGCACGCCCGAGCUGGAGGAGGAGAAACGCCGCGGCCCCAGGAACCGGGGCCUCGAGGCCGUCAAGGGCCAGGAGCGGGUGCGGAAGAGCUCGGUGGAUCUGCGCCGGGAGAUCAUCGAUGUGGGG